AUGGCAUCCCCACUAUACGUAUUAUGCGUCCUUGGUAUGGCUUCUGUGGUGUCUGUUCAAGGAUAUUUCACUGAUAUUGGUUUUGAAUUGCGGAAUUCACCGUGUCCAAAUAUCCCGCAAAUUGGAGAUUUCAACAUGUCCAGGUAUUCGGGUGUAUGGUACGAGAGGAAGAGAUUCCAGUUCGCACUCCAAUCGAACGUGAAAUGUAUGACAUACACGUUAUUUGAACGAAACGAUGGUGGGUUCAAUCUUGUAUACUACAGGGAGGUGAGGUGGCCACUACCGCUACAGACAUCGACAAGGAUCGUUCUAGAACCUACUUCAAAGUCAGGCACUUUUCGAGCCAAAACUAGAGUUAACGGCAACUGGGUAUUCGUUGGAGUCUUUACUAUUGUACAGCCAGGCUAUGAAGAUCCGUCCGUUAUGUACGCGUGUAGGGACCUGUUUUACGGAACAGCCAUUGAGGCAUCGUGGAUCGUAAAACGCGAUAGACAGGCGUUAACCCCCACCGAAGAAUCAACACUGCAAAGUGCUGUGACAUCCUAUGGUAUCAGCUACUCGAAGUAUCAAACUUCCGACCAGUCUUCCUGUGGAAGAUAA